AUGGGCAUGAGGAAUGCAGCAACCAUCGUCACCUUCCUCCUCUUCUCCUUCUUCUUGGGCGGCCUAACCCACGACGCCAAACCGGAACGGUUCGACAAGUGGAGCCGGCGGCUCGCCCGGGCCGGCGUCACGCAAGAGCAAGUGACCCAGCUCCACUUCUACUUCCACGACAUCGUCAGCGGGGAGCACCCCACCGCGGUCCGCGUGGCCCAGGCCGCUAACUCGGACCGGUCCCCGACCGGCUUCGGGAUGGUGGUGAUGGCGGACGACCCGCUGACCGAGGGGCCCGACCCGAAUUCCCGACUCGUGGGCCGGGCCCAGGGGCUGUACGGCUCGGCCGGGCAGGAGGAGCUAGGGCUCAUCAUGGCUAUGAACUACCGGUUCACGGACGGCAAGUACAAUGGGAGCUCCUUUAGCUUGAACGGCUUGAACCGGGCUCUGGAUCCGGUUCGGGAGAUGGCGAUCGUUGGGGGGACCGUGUUCCGGUUGGCUCGUGGGGUGGCCAUGGCCAAGACCUAUUCGUUGAACGCCACAACAGGAGAUGCAAUCGUGGAGUAUAAUGUGACGUUAGUGCAUUAG